GGCUUGCAGUUACUUCCGUGUGCUGACGACGCAGACUUCAGUUCCACAUUGUUAACAGAUGGACGUAUGUCGUGGCCGAGUGGGCACACAGGUACAUCUUGCUGCGUGUACGUCUACUUGUCAUGUUGGUUCUAUUUGCGGCUGGUGCCUUAUAAGAGAUUGGGUUUCUGGAAGUUUGCUGUGCCGUUGGUGAUUGUGUUGUUCCCACUGUUUGUCGGGAUAACCCGUGUGUUGGACUACCGGCACCAUUGGACGGAUGUGUUGACGGGGGGGAUAAUCGGGUCGGUGAUUGGUUAUCUGUCUUUCCGGUUCUACUACAAGUUGGAGAUGCCGCCGAUUUUUAGUCAGCCCAAAAUCUGUGUACCAGUGGGUCAUCACGAGCAUGAUGGGGACAAGGUAACAUCGCCGGGCUUCCACGACGGACGGAAUUCGGUGGGGAAUACUACAGGAGACACAGGUGCCGGAGAAUCCGUAGUCGUGCCCAUCCGUUCUGCCGCCACCGGCACCCCUCGAGUGAGCAAGACGCCCGACACACCCUUGCUCAACGAUCCCAACGCACAAUAUGAUGCACACCUCACACAGUCUGCCGAAACACACGCUAUCAACGCUGGACACAAACGCAUCAACACUGCUGAAGACUUCCAGUCCCCCAGUCCCCGACGAGUCACCGUCGCCAACGACUUCUCCGACCGCAUCCUCGAGGACGGCAGCAGACUCCGACGCGCCACCGAAGGCGCACCACCCACUGCCGAUCUCACACCCAGUCGCGAAGCACUCCUCAGACAUGAUGAUUCCUCGUAG